GACUCGACUCCUCGGCGCCGCAGUCGCUCCCGCAACUGUGUGGCGAGCAGGACGGGAUGGCCAACACGGCGCUGGAGAUCCUGGGUCUUCUUCUGACGCUCAUCGGGCUGAUCGGGGCGGCGGCCAGCACCGGCAUGCCCAUGUGGCGAGUCACGGCCUUCAUCGGCGAGAACAUCAUCGUGUUCGAGACCCGCUCCGAAGGCCUGUGGAUGAACUGCUUCAAGCAGGCCGAUAUCAGGAUGCAGUGUAAGGUGUACGACUCCUUGCUGGCCUUGCCCCCGGACCUCCAAGCGGCCCGGGGCCUCAUGUGCUGCGCCGUGGCCCUGGCCGGCCUGGGCCUGCUCGUCAGCCUGGCGGGGCUGCGGUGCACGUCGUGCGUCCGUAACAACGACCGAGCCAAGCGAACGGUGCUCGUCAUCGCCGGGUCCACGAUCAUCACGGCGUGCAUCUGCGUCCUGAUCCCCGUGUCCUGGACGGCUCACGUCAUCAUCCGCGACUUCUACAACCCCUUGCUGAUCGACGCCCAGCGGAGGGAGCUCGGGGAGGCCCUCUACAUCGGCUGGGUGGCCGGCGCCUUCCUUCUCGCCGGAGGAUGCGUGUUCACCUGCUGCAAUGUGCAGUCGGAAGGCAAAGAAACGAGGAGCUACGUCUACUCCAGAAACUCCGACUACGUGGCGUACCCUCCGCAGCCCGUCCAGCCCCUGCAGCCUCAGCAGCUGGUGCUGCUCCCCCAAGCUCGGGCCCAGCCGGUCCUGUCCAGACACCCCUCGACCAACUACAGCUACCAGUCCAGCUACCCGUCCAGGUAUCCGUCUGUACGCAGCGGGGUGGCCUAUCUCUGAACACUGACUGAAGUGAUGACUGCCACAAACAUGCCGUACGUUUUAUGUCAAAUAAUUUGCAAAAAACAUUUCCGUGAGUAAAUUAUCUUAU